UUGUCACUCAAGGUUUUUCGCAUGUCCACAUGUUAGUGGAGUGCCUCUCAACGCCAAGCCGUAUGAACCUGGUUGUAGUCUCUGUCAAGCCUUGAGAACUUUGCUGAGGUGGCUACGCAUUUCCAUACUUUUGAGUUCUGACACUGGCAGUCAGUGGGAGAUUUUUUAAGGUACCGAUUUUGGUUUCGGCCAUCUGCAGAAUGCACAGGAGCCGGAUCCAUGAAAAGCCAAUAUAAAAGGCGUUCAGAGCGGUGCCGCUACACCCUUGGAUCCCAUCAUCGCCAUGUCCGUCGAAGAUACCAAACAGGACCUGAUCAUAUCCGACCCGCUCCCGCCGUACACUCCCCGUGCCCACGCUGAUGAUGGGGAUGAUGGGGUAUCGGACCACGAGUUUCGGCCGCCUAUCGUGUACACCUCGUUUGGCGCAUUCUUCUCUAGUCUAUGGGCACGAUGGAAAAGUCUGUGGACGCGCCGAUUCAUAUUCUCGAUGAUCGCGGGACAGGUGGUAUCGCUGUGUAUUACGGUGACGAACGUAACGACGACGGAGCUCGUGGAUCGAAAUUGGUCAUUGCCCACUACGCAAACCUGGUUCUUAUACUUUUCAUUAUUUGCGGUCUAUACCCCUUAUACGAUGUAUCAAUAUGGCUUCAAGGGAUGGGCAAAAAUGGUUGCACGGGACGGAUGGAAAUACUUUAUUCUCGCAUGUUGUGACGUAGAAGGCAACUUCCUGGUCGUCAAGGCAUACAAUUAUACCGACUUAUUGUCCUGUAUGCUCCUCGAUGCCUGGGCUAUUCCCGUUUGUAUCUUCUUCUGCUGGGUCUAUAUGCGUACCAAAUAUCAUUGGACGCAAGUGCUGGGUAUACUAAUCUGCAUAGGCGGACUCGGAAUGCUCGUCGCGUCGGAUAUGCUCACGGAUAAAAACCACCCCGCACUCAGUAAAGGCAAAGGUGAUGCGUUUAUGAUUGUCGGUGCCACACUCUACGGGUUCACGAAUGCAACGGAAGAGUUCUUUGUCAGGAGGUCUCCCCUUUACGAGGUUGUUGGUCAGCUGGGCAUGUGGGGGAUGCUGAUUAAUGGCAUCCAAGCAUCCGCUUUGGAGCACCACGAUAUGACACUGGCAUCGUGGAAUGGUGCAACAGGGGGCUUCCUGGUGGCCUAUACGGCUGCGAUGUUUGUCCUGUAUACCACCGCCCCACUUCUGUACCGCUCUGCGUCUUCGCCUUUCUACAACAUCAGCCUGUUAACCAGUGACUUUUAUGGUCUCCUUUUCGGGCUGUUCCUCUUCCAUUACUCUCCGUACUGGCUGUACUUUCCAUCUUUCUGCGUCGUCGUCAUCGGACUUGUGGUGUACUUCUGGCAUGCGACGCCGGAGGGGCAGGGCAAGGUGGACCCCCAGCGUCCGGCGUAUGUUCGGAGGCAAGAAGAGCGAGUCUGAAAUGUGUGAAUACGGAGAGGAUUCUGCGUGGUUGGACUUGUGUGCCGGAUGUAAAUGUAGUGUUGUUUAUGACAGGUAAUCAUUCUCCUUGCGUUGGCGUGGUGCGCAGGGGCAUUGUGUGUUAUGCCUAAUGAACGUUGAAUGUUGAAUCGAACACGAACUGGACCUUAGACGUCUCCUGCAC